AUGAAAAGUUUAACAACUAUUUCAAUAUUCAGGACAGAGAAUCUGGAUGGAGAAGCCUUCAUUCUUCAAUCUGCACUUGUUUCCAACCUUUAUUUCAUCUCUCAGUUGCUACACAGAAAAUACAGUGGAAAUUUCUUGGUUGAUCUAUUGGGAAAGUGGAAGGAGUCUGAAUACUCUGGACAAUCUGUCCCUGUUCGUGGCAUCGCUUACUAUGUCACUGCACCUUCAAGUUUGGCAGAUAUGGCAGCAAACCCAUUCCAUGCUCUUUUCUACUUGGUGUUCAUGCUGACAGCUUGUGCGCUAUUCUCAAAAGCUUGGAUUGAAGUUUCGGGAUCAUCUGCUAGAACCUACAGAAGGAGCUGA